GAUUUUAAAGUUUAAAACAAGUCUAAUGUAACUAACAAAUGGAAUUUAGAUGUAUAUAUGCUUCCAAUUCACACAUCCUAGAAAUCAUCCCACCACGUUCUCUGCGGCAUUUCAACAAACAUGUCAGGACCUUAUUCUGCUUAUAUACAUACAACAACUCCCUUGUGCAUAUGACUACGCCAAAAUCAAUCUAAUAGGCGCCAUUGUUGAUCGAUCUGCGAGCUGAGAAUGAGGCUGCCUCGAAAUAACUGGUUCGCCAUUGUCCGGCGAAAAUUCCGCCGCUCGCCACCAUGUCAUGAGAGCGUAACCAUACUUCGUAACAACGCCUCCGGCGGGAGCUUCAGCCAAGCCAGCAGCGCCGCCGCUAGUUAUUCUCAAUUUCUGUCCAAGGAAGACAUGGCCGCCAUCACCAUUCAAGCUCAUUUUAGAUCUCAUCUCGCAAGGCGGGCGUUUCGGGCUCUGCGAAGCCUGGUGAAGCUGCAGGCGGUGGCGCGUGGAGUGUGCGUGAGAAGACAGGCGCGUAUCGCUCUGCAUUGCAUGCACGCACUCGCGCGGUUGCAGGUCACUGUUCGAGCUCGCCAGCUCCUCACAAGCUGCGAAUUGAAGAAGGCUCACGAAUCAUGAUCUCAAAGGAUAACUCAUGAUCUAAGAGCAACGUGGGGAAGACGAUGGUUGUUGGGGGUUCGCUUAUUUAGGCUGGAGUUAUUCAUUUUAUUGAAUUUGACUUGUUUUAUGUAUCCUAUAUUAU